CAUACAUGAUUGAUAUAGGUUUAAGAAGUAUAUAUUCAAGUAGAUCGAUUUGCUCAGAUUUUAUGGUCCAAUUUUGAUAUUUCUGCUGCAUUAUUGAAUGCAAUGACAACGCUGGAAUAACGUGUGGACUUAAAAGAAGCUGGGGAGCAAAAAUCGGAAAAUCGACAAGACGCGACCAAAGCACCGUGUUCAGGAGUUGCCGACAAGACGCGUCCAAAGCACCGUGUUCAGGAGUACGACAAGACGCGUCCAAAGCACCGUGUUCAGGAGUUGCUUAUUAAGGACUACAAAACAUAGCAAAUAUGCUGACUACCAUUUUCUUUUUUGCUGUUCUGACGGUGGGUUGGACUCGCAUGCGCGAACCCAGUGUUCACUACGCUGUGUGCAACCUACGACCGUCGUCUGUCCUACCCAAUAACAUCACUGGCACCAUUUACUUCAGGCAGACACACGGAGCCCGCAAGCGCAAGGAUAGAUAUAUGCAGGUCCAAGUUGACGUCGACAAUGUAUCACUCCUCGACAACACAAACAAGCACGGUUUUCACGUGCACGAGUUCGGAGACACGAGUGCUGGAUGUCCUUCCAUGGGACCUCACUACAAUCCUCGAGGCACUUUGCAUGGAGAUAUUAUGAAUCAGCCAACCGAUCGCCACGUCGGAGAUUGGGGAAAUCUCCAGCAGGAUCCAGUAUCAGGAAAAAUCAAAGUCUAUUUCGUUGACUAUCUGACAAAGCUUCAUGGACCAGAGUCCAUACUAGGACGUGGAGUUGUGCUGCAUGCUGGUCAGGACGACCUUGGAGUGAACAAGACAGAUCCUGGCAGUACAAGCACCGGUAAUUCCGGGGCAAGGCUGGCGUGCUGCGUCAUCGCUCGUUCGGCUCCCAUCCCAGACGACAAGUUUAUGCCUUAAAUAAAUAAAGAAUACUAGGUCGGUGCCGAAUAAAGCAAAGUUUAUUUUGCGAGGCUUAGAAAAUCUGAACCACGAGCCUUGGCGAGUGGUUCAGAUUUUCGUGCCGAGCAAAAUAAACUUUGCUUUAUUCGGCACCGACCUAGUAUUCGAUUUAUCCCAUCAAUUUUCUUAGUCGUAAAUUAUUUCUUUAAAAUAGAAAAGAAAAAUCGAACUACACCGAAAAUCCCAAAGUUAUUUUAAGCAAACAUUGUUUCAUUAUUUUAAUCGUGUCGAGACUAAUGCAUUUCAAAAAGAUCAGUAACUAACCUGUUUUUCUGUUUAUCAUACCUCUACGUCCCCGAUUUUUAAGAAAUAAUGAAAAAAAAAAUGUUAUCAAUGUAUGUUUCAUGAUUGAUAGUCACCAAUCUCCAUUGGAAAAAUAGUUUUGCGCUUUUCAUAUAUAAUUAACCCAUUUAUGCGUAGUGGACGAACCAAUCCUUUUAAUUUGGAUCAAUUUAUUUCCAAAAUAAGGGAAGUCUAGUAUAGUUAUUUCUAUAUUUAGAAUUGUUUUACAGAAAUUAAUUUAAGCAAACAGCGCAGACCAUCAUGCGGCGUCUCAUCUGGGUUUACGCUGUUUGCCAAGGCCUUUUUUCUAUACGCUAGGCAUAAAUGGGUUAAGCAAAAAGGUGUAUUAUGACAUGGCGUUGAACAACGAAUGAAAACUUAAAGGCUGCGUGGUGUAGUUGCUGUACUUCUAGAAGUCUAGGAUGCAAAACCCAAGACAGACUUAUUGUUUCAUUAUUUUGUUUUUGUCUUGGUUUUAACAAUUAUUGAAAAUAUUCUAAAUUGUGCAUUUCCGGUUGCAGGUUCAUCUUAUGACAUUUUGCAAAAAUACGAAAAUAUGUGUACAAGUCGCCCGAAACCUCCGUGUGCAUUUUUCAUAAUGAUAAUGUGCAUGAAGCAGGCCUCUAUGUUUUGCACAAAUUUGCCGGAAGAGCUUAUGUCAUGGCGUGGUUUCCGUCGUCCGUCCAUGCGUGCGUGCGUUAGACUUUUUCUUGUUUACGCGUCCACAGUUUUCAUCCGAUUUUUUUCAAACUAGUUCAGUGUCUUUAUAUUAAUGUGGACUCGAACCCUAUUGAAAAUGGGUUACAUCAGAGUAAACAGUCCAGAAUUAUCUCCCCUUGAAUUUGAGAAACAUUGUGAAAUAAGGCUUGUUUACGCAAUAAAGUCCACAGUUUUCAUCCAAUUAUUUCCCAACUUGCACAGUGUCUUUAUCUGAAUGAUGAGUCAAACCCUAUUGAAAAUUAGCAAUAUCGUAGUUAUAAGUCCAGAAUUAUCUCCCCUUGAAUUUGAGUAAAAAAUGAAAAUUCAGUUUUUUAUGUGAUAAAGCCCAUAAUUUUCAUCCAAUUCUUGUCAAACUUGCACAGUGUCUUUGUAUCAAUGAGGACUCAAACCAUUUUUAGCGAGGCUGUUUUCGGAAAAAAUCCGAGGUAUUGGCAUAGCCUGCUCGCCGUCCGCCGUCCGGCGUCGUGCUUAAACCUUUACAUUGGCUCUAAAAUCAAAGUGCUUCCACCUACAACGUUGAAACCUUAUAUGUAGAUGCAUCUUGAUGAAUUCUACACGCCACACCCAUUUUGGGUCACUAGGUCAAAGGUCAAGGUCACUGUGACCUCUAAAAAAAAUGUGACAAGCUUUCGCAGCCGAGCGUGGCACCCGUUAUGCGGUGCUCUUGUUUAAAAAGAGCAAUAUCAAAGCAAUAAGUCCAGAAUGACUUACCCUUGAAUAUGAGACGAUUUUGAAAUCCCGCUUGUUUACGCAAUUUAUUCCACAGUUUUCAUCCAAUUAUUUCCAAAUUUGCACUGUAUCUUUAUAUCAAUGAGGACUUGACCCCUAUUGAAUAUGAGCAGUAUCGGAUAAAUAAGUACACAAUAACCUCCCCUUGAAUUUGAGGAAAUUCUCCUUGUUUGCGCGAUUAAGUACACAGUUUCCAUCUUAUUCUUUCCAAACUUGCACAUUGCAUGUUUAUAGCAGUAGAGCGAUUCAGGCCCUCAUGGGCCUCUUGUUUUUAAUAUUGAGAUCAAUUUAGCAAAAAAUCUUCUAUUUUUAUUUUAUAUUAUCAUCGGGGUGUUUUUGUUGCUAAAGUAGUUUAAUUUCCCUAGAUUCUAAUAAUUUAUCAUAUCCGAAAUGUAGAUGGCGUUUAAUUGUAAAAUAUCCAUAAUAAUUGACAAUAAAUGGUUAGGUUGAAAUACA